CUUUGAGCUGCAGUUGACCACAGUCAUGCGAAUCGCAAGUGCGGCGCUCUUUUCCUUGGUUUUCGCUUCUCUUGCUGCAGCCGAGUCGGCUCCAAGUGCAGAGUCCGAAGCCGUCAGCAACAUCUCGAUCAAUAUCAACGCUGGAAAUGGACCGCUCGGACAUUGCGACUGUCAAGGGGAAUUUAUGUCCAAAGUGGACGAUUUGAAUAAGACGCUUCUUCUUAUCGGAAAGGAUAUGCACGCUGAGAGUAAAAAAAUAAUAGAAGAGUUGAGGGAAAUGCACAAGAAAUUGGCACAAAAGUCUAUUUCGUCCAUUCCUUCUGAAUUGAGCGACGCAAGCAAAAGUCUGCAGCUGAAAGUCUCGUCGAAAACCAAUUCCAUGUUUGACGAUUUCAAAUUCAACAAGAGCUAUCCCAAAUAUUACUUUGGGAAAUCUGACGCCAAUUGGUACGACGCUGACAAAUUCUGCAAACAACACGGCGUGCAACUUGUUAGUGUGCAGAAUUACUCCAAGGCGGUCGACGUUUGGAAAUUCGCCUCAACCUACAGUUGGAGCAACGUCUGGACGUCCGGGACGGACCAGAGUAGGGAGCCAGGAGACUUCCACUGGCUGACGGGGACAAGAGUUUUGUCCGAUUUGUUCAAAAACGGCGAGCCCAACGAGUACGGAUUCGAAGUGGACGUUUGUCUGGCCAUUCACGACCGCGCUUUGGCCGAUUUCGCGUGCAGCGAGCGAUACUUUUUUGUUUGCGAAGAUCUUAAAGCGCCAUAUUAAAAAAAUAAUAAUCAAUCGAUUGGGCGAAACAUUUGAUAGAGAGAAUGUCAUGAUAAACAAGUUUAUUAUUAAUCGCAAGCGUCAAUCUUGGCGUGGGAACGACACUGGCCUUGAUUGUGACAUUGGCAGCGGUCAGGCCGAGCUAGGCAAUUUGCUAGACACACACGUCAAGCCGGUUGCAUACCUAAGCGCCGUUGGUUAUUAUUUUCGUUUCACAUUGAUUGCGUAAGUAGGAAUGUAUACAAAAAGCAGCGUUUAUAUAAUGAGUAAAAAAUCUUCAAAAAUUAUAAAUUUAAAUUAGUUAAUCUAUGUGAUUAAACCGAAUUUCCAUCCGGCUUGCAAUGCUAUUUAUUUGGUUAUUGUUCAUUGAUUAUUGCAUUCUGAGAGAGUAUGAGCCGCCACUGUUACAAAUAAAUUAGCGAUUACAUAGAAAUUCAUACAUGACUCGGACGGAUAAAAAAUAAUUCCACACUAAACCGAGAUUAUCUGAAGUUUUUGAGUACCGAGUGAAUUCUCACACUGAGUCUGUUUUCAAAAUCGUAAUUGCGGUAAUUGUUUUGGACUUCUAAUAGUAGGUUGAUGCCUUCCUGUUGUGUCUGCAACACAUCGGAAACAUUUUCUUAAAAGGUCUGACAACUUCAUAGCGUCGAUCUUUUAAAUUUGAGCCGUGGUUUCAAAGAGACAGAAAAAGAAGUUACGCAAAAUCAGUUUCCUACCUCGGAAUCCAUGCAGAGCAGCACAGCCAGUUCGUAAGAAGCAAAGGCCGCAAUGUGGUGGUCCCCGAUGCCCUCCUCUCCAUCGGAACUGAAGGUCGGCAUCUCUGAGCGACUGGCAAGACACGCUCGGAAGUUGCUGAUCGCCUCUGCAGCCAGGCCAAGACAGCCGUAAGUGGCGCCCAUGAUCAGGUACUGCAGACCUUGCAUCGGCGGAGGUUCGCUUGUACCGUCACAUUCUAAAAGGAAGGGCAGUUUAUUUAAAAAUAUGUUAAUUAAAUUCAGUCAAUCACCUUGGAUGAUUUGCUGCAGCUGAGCAGGGCUGCAUGACGGAAGGGCAUUCCAGAGAAAGAGGAGUUCAAAGGCGAGAAGUUUGCACCCGAUGGUUGUGUAGCUCUCCGGAGGAAGUUGGGAAGUCCGGCGGGAAAUGAAAACUUCCAGCUGUGUCUGUCUGUUGGAUGACAAUUUUGGGGCUUCCUGGGCAAGCUUGACAGCCCCAGCCUCAUCACCAGCUGCUCCUCUGCACACUAAUAAAAAUAAUAACCAAA